CACAUCGUCUGCGCAUCCGCAAUGAUGCCAUCUACUUUGCACUUGGCGCGAUGGCGCGGCAGUACGCCUGCAAAGGCCUACAUAGCAGCUCCGAGGGCUCAUCGGACCUCCAGGUAAGUGCUCACGUUCUCCGACAUGCUCUUCCGCGCGUUGUACACGCUUUUUGGCGCCGCGGCCACAGUCACUGCAUCGCCCGUCGCGAGCGGCCAUGCGAAUCACACUAUAGGGCCUGAGAAUGGCCAUCUCGUGAUUGUCGGAGGCAAUCUCCAGAGCGACAACAUCUGGCAGAAGAUCAUCGAACUUGCUGGCGGUCCGAAUUCAUCAAUCGUGGUCAUUCCCACUGCAGGAGGCGAACCGUCCUACAACGAGAGCUUUGCGAGCGCUGUCACACUCCGAGAACUGGGAGCGAACAAUGUGACUGUGCUUCACACGUACGAUCCCGCUGUUGCCGACACCGACGAGUUCGUGGCACCACUCCUCGAAGCAGAUGGCAUAUACUUUGGAGGAGGAAGACAAUGGCGCCUGGUAGACGCAUACGCUGGCACAAAAGCUGAGAGGGCCUUCCAAUCCGUCCUGGACCGAGGCGGAGUCAUCUCAGGAUCGAGCGCAGGAGCCAGCAUCCAGGCAAGCUUUCUUGCUCGUGGAGACACAGCCAACAACCAAAUUAUGAUUGGUGACCAUACGGUGGGCUUUGGAUACCUGAAGAACGCAGCCGUGGAUCAGCACGUGCUCGUGCGAAACAGGCAUUUCGACAUGUUUGACAUCUUGAAGGUGCACCCAGAGCUGCUAGGGAUUUCCAUUGAUGAGGACACAGCGCUGGUCGUACACAAGAACGAGGCGGAAGUUCUCGGCAGCACAUAUGCCUUGAUCUACGAUGGCAAGUUUUACUCUUCCGAGGGCACCGAAUUGAAGACUCUCCCUCCUACGGAAGCUCGCUUUUACUUCUUGAAGUCAGGAGACAGGUAUGACCUGGAGGCGCGAGAGGUGAUUGUGGAUGAGGAUGAUUCUACCGCAUCUGACCAAGACCGUUCUGAGUUAUAGACCGAUCUCAUAGCAACUUCUAGCAUGGUCAUCAGCUGAUCCGAGCGUUCCACGGAGGCAGCUUCAAUCACCAGCAAUAUCAAUCUGCCUGAAUGUCCAUCAGCGUUGCCGGGGAUGAAGCUCUUGCGUAGCUGAUUGACAUGCAAGUUGAAGUGGGGAACCUGGUUCAAACACCCUCGAGACCUGGGGUAGACACAGC